AUGGCAAAGCAGGUGCGAGUGAUGAGGGCCAUCGCCCUCCUGGCAGCAGCUCUCAUGGCUGCUUCCAUUGCCAGCGCCUUCGUGGGUGUGCAGGCCCCCGCUCCGCGAGUGCAGACGCAGCUCCGUGCCGGUGGGGAGUACACCGGCUUUGUGCCGGACUUGCAGCGCCGUCAGCUGAUGAACUUCGUGCUGGUGACCACCGCCGGCAUCCCGGUGCUGGUGGCCUUGGGCUGCUACCUCUGGUACUUCGUGCCACCGGUGGCCGGCGGUGGCAGCGGUGCGACGCUGGCUGGUGACCAGGAGGGCAACCCCAUCACCUUGGAGAGCUGGGUGAAGUCGCACAAGGAGAACGAUCGCGAGUUGGUCCAGGGCCUGAAGGGCGAGCCGUACUACCUCAUCUCUACUGCGGACAACAUCAAGGACUUUGCCCUCCUGUCCGUCUGCACCCAUCUGGGCUGCGUGGUGCCCUGGAGCAAGAGUAACAACAAGUUCUGCUGCCCCUGCCACGGCUCGCAGUACGAUGAGAACGGCAAGGUGGUCCGAGGCCCGGCCCCGCUCUCCCUGGCGCUCGCCCACACAACCACCCAGGACGGCAAGCUGGCCCUUACCCCUUGGCCUGAGAAGGACUUCCGCACCGACCUGGACCCAUGGUGGAAGGUCUGA